AUCAGAACAAAAACCAGAAAUUAUUGAACGUAGAGAAAAAUAUUGCGUAUUUAAACAAUACAGAGGGUAUGCCACAUUGAAACUUAAAGCCUUAACUAAAAAAGCUUAACUUUUAAUGCUUACUGUCUUACAUGACCUGAUCAAACCUUCUGAAUGGAGAGAGAAGUUUAAGCAUACAAGUCUGUGAAUACACACUGCAACCAUGUCCAAAUCCACCAGGGUUCCAGGGUACAUGCAGUCUAAGGGGGCCCGGAACAGAGGACCACUAGGUGACAGGGAGAUCAGAUACAAAUGUUCUAUGCAGAACACAAUCCUCGAUGUGUUACGUGCACGACCUGGUUGGCAAGAGGUGUCAGGCCCCAACCCACCACAGCAGCAGCAGCUGCAGCAACAACAACAGCAGGAAAAGAAGGGGUCUGGGGAAAAAUCAGCCACACAAAACAAGGAUAAAAGCGGUGUGGGUAAUGCUGCUGGCACAGGAUCGGGGUCUGUUGCAACAGGCAAAUCUAGCUCUCAGAACUCAGCCCCUAGCAACCAGUUGCCAACAACAACAAGCUCAAGGUCAAGCAGCGUCGGGAAAACUGGCGGCUUAAUGCCCCCAUUCCUUCCCCCGACAAGAAAUGUUGAAGGAGACUGGGAUUUCCACUGGUGUGACAGAGAAUGGCUCCAUGCAAACUACGACACCAUGUUUUUACAGGAGCACCAGAAAAUCCUACAUUUCCGUAACCAUUAUGAGCUAACACGUAAAAACCUGAUGGUGAAGAACCUAAAGAGAUUACGGAAGCAGACAGAGCGUGAAAUGGGUAAAAAAGAGGCUGAGAGCUUCGACUUCUACCCGACCACUUACGAACUACCAAGUGAGUACCACAUAUUUGUGGAAGAAUUCAAGAAGAACCAGGGAAUUAUCUGGAUUAUGAAACCCGCCGCCAAGUCCCAGGGUCGUGGAAUAUUUCUCUUUCGCAAACUCAAGGACAUUACAGACUGGAAGAAGGGAGAGUACCAGCCAUUGACUGACCCAAAUCGUGAGGUCCCGGAGACCUAUGUGGUCCAGCGCUACAUAGAAGACCCCUACCUGAUUGGUGGUCGCAAGUUCGACAUCCGAGUCUACGUUCUUGUAGUCUCUUAUAACCCUUUGAAAGUGUGGCUAUACAGAUCAGGGUUUGCACGAUUCUCCAAUUCAAGAUUUUCUCUUGACUCAAUAGAAGAUGCAUAUGUACACCUGACGAAUGUCGCUGUACAAAAGACAGCCCCAGACUAUGACCCUGAUAAGGGAUGCAAGUGGGCAACACAACAGUUGCGAUCAUAUCUGACAGCAAAACAUGGAUCAGAUGCUGCAAGGCGAGUGUUUCAAGGCAUAGAUAACAUCAUUAUCAAGAGCUUGCAGAGUGUACAGAAGAUCAUCAUCAACGAUAAACACUGCUUCGAGAUGUACGGAUAUGACGUCCUGCUGGAUGACAAGCUUAAACCAUGGUUAAUUGAGAUCAAUGCGUCACCAUCACUGACUGCCAGCGGGAAAGAUGAUUAUGACCUUAAACAUGGCGUGCUCAACGACGUCCUCAAUGUACUUGACCUGGAAAAUAGGUUGACUGGUAAGGAAAAGCGUGUUGGUGGGUUUGACCUAAUCUGGGAUGAUGGGGCUGUUACCACUGACGACGGUGCCAUGGAAUGUUCUGUAAACAGCGUCUCUACAACAUCCAACUCUUUCCUGGGGUGUCACUGUGACCGGAAGAAGCACCUGCGUGAGAUCUACACAGCCGCCCAAGCUCUCAAAAAGUCCACCCCUUCCUGAUCGGCACAUCUACCUCACUAUCCAGGAUGUACAGAACGUGUGAACUACAGUGUCACCAAGGUCUACUGCAUUUGACACACGGAAGAUUCUUCACUUCAUCAAUCUCCUUAACUGUUUUAUUCCAAAAGUAGAAUGUGUUAUGCUUAAUGUAAACAAUCCAUCAACAAUAUUGAAAGUUAAUUUUAAAGGAGAAGAAAAUAUCACUCCAAAAAUAUAACAGUUCAAAAUUUCACAUUUAUGUUACAAUAACUUAAAACAUUCUUAGGAUGCUUUUGUAAAACAACCCCAUAACAGUGCAAACAUCCUUAGAGAGGUUUCUGUCUGGUGUUUCAGUUUUAAAUGCUGAGUUUUAGAUGAUGCCAAAAUAAUAGGGGCAUAAAAACAUUUUUGACUUUUGAUUAAAUCUUAUCAUAAGUUUAACACUUGCAGUGCAUCCAAUCAGUGCUCAGAAGUUCAUGUCCUGUUAUUUUGUUUAUUAGCCUACAAGACUUAGUGGAUUUGAAUCUACGAGUUAUAGUUCAUGUAACAUAUUCAUGCAGUCGCUGUAAUUCUACAGGAUUCUUUUCAUUAGUAAAACAAACUUUAACAUCUAAUGAAGAACAUUAUUCAUACUGACUAAUGUGAACAAACAUGUUUUAACACAAAUUAACUAGCUAAGUUAUUUAUAUUAAACAUUGCAAGUCGACUUAAUCUAAUCUGUGAGAUGUAUUUUUCUUUGAUGUAAUCUCUCUUUUGUCAUCUGUUAUUUUAUCUUGUGUGAAAUUCUAUUUAUGCAAACUUGUUUUCCAUGGAUGUUCUGUGUUGAACCCUAAUGAACCUUGUUAAUCCAUGGUUUGAAAUAUGUACAUCAGUCAUCACUUAUAAUAAGUUAAUGAUUUGUUCGUGGUCAUUUAAUGGAUUGAUACAUUCAUGGGGUGAAUGACUUAUCAAAGCACAUCAAUUCAUUCUGGGCUAAGCUAGGCUAAGCUCAGCUAGACUCAACUAAUUGAAUGAACAUGUGUCAGGUUCUAAACAGGAAGAAAUAUUGUUGUGCUAUUCUGCUUAAAUAUAUUUUGGAUUGACAUUCCAACAUGUAUUGCAAUCUUUGGUUUCGCUGUCAGAGGAUCUUAUUGGAAUUUCAACCUUGUUCUCAAUUGAAAAUAUAUUCAUAACUCGAACAAUAUACAACAUAUAUAGCAAAGCUCAUAAAUCUGUCUUGAAUAAAUAUCCAGUGUGACUUAACAAAAACAAUUGGAUGGGCAUCGGUCUAAGCUUUGCAGCAGUUUUGUAUCCUAGCCAGUAUACAUGAUAACAUGAAUAAAGUCAACCCUAUGUUUUUGAUGGUUGACUUUGUUUGAUAUUGUUUAACUUGUUAUUUACAAAUAGUUUUAACAUUAAGUUGAGUUGAGAAUAUGCAAUGUGUUUGACCCUUUGCUUUGUUCUAAAAACCUGUAAUUUAGUUCAAAUAUAACCAUAGGUGAUACAUAUUUUAACUGUGAUGACAAAUGUGAAUACCGUCCAUUUAUACAUGUAUAUUUAUUGAAAUUUACUUGAACUAUUAUGUUUAAUUAAAAUUGAAUGUUCAGUGUUUUAUUGAUCAAUAAAGCCUCAAAAAGUA